GGCAGCAGUGAACACUGUGCUUCAAAUCAAACUGAACAAAGGCUUGAACACGGAUCUAAGACCCAGGAUGCAGAGCGCUCAUCUCAUUUUAUUAUUCGUAACCAGUGUUUUCAGGGCUUCGGUGUUUUCUGGUGUCUUGCAGAGCCCCACGUUCACCCUGAACUCAUCACACUCUGCUGUCUUGCCUAGAGAGGCUGUUCAAUUCAACUGUACCUCUCUGAACACAACCUGCAUCUCUGCAAACUUCUCUUUGUACAAAAACGAGGAAUCAAUAAAAACUCAAACAGCUGAAUCUUCAACCACAUUCAGUUUGACUGUGGAUUCAUCACAUCAGGGACAAUACAGCUGUGACUAUUCAUGCCACGAAAACAUCACAUCACCUAGGAGCAGAUCAAUUAACGUUACUGUGGUGAGCUUGCUGCAGCCUAAUAUCACCCUCAGUGCUCCUGAUGGAUGGUUCCACUGGUGGCUUCAACGGUCUGAGGUGAUCAGGGGCUACAGCUUCUCCAUCACCUGCUCCAUUGAACCACAGUAUCCAGGAGGCUCCAUCCACUUGGAGUUCAGUGGAUCCAUAAACAGAAGUCUGUCAGCUGUUAACCACUCAACCACCUUCUUCUUUCCCAAGGCAGAUUUUGUGCACCAGGGAAGUUACAGCUGUGUUUAUGAAGUCACUGUGUCUUCACGCACAUUUAGCUCUCCUACCACUGAACUCUUGGCUGUCACUGUGAAAGUGUCACCAGUUCCCUUCAUCGGUUCUGGGGUGGCAGCAGGACUGUUACUCAUAUUAGUGCCAAUCAUCAUUGUCUUGAUAAAGAGAUGUCAAAAACGAAAAGGUGCGAAAACCAAAUGUGGGAUCACUAAUACAGGGAAUGAGACAGACGAUAACGAUUAUGAAAAUACAGAAGUCAUUGUUCAGAAAAAGGACCACAGACAGGAUUCACAUUUCUCUGAUGAGGAGUACAUCAACAUACAUGAAGAAGCAGAGAAAAUGGCCAUGGAUAAUGAUUAUGAGGAUGACGAAAUUUAUACAAUGGGGGAUUAG